AUGCCGACCCGAGCAAGCUCGACCGGAAGUGUCGAUGGCGAGAAGACGGACGCCCGUGCGAUGGGGUAUAUGGCUUCUUCAGAAGGAAAGGAGGAAAUCGAGCAAGCGGGACCGCCGGUCCUUACACCGGAGCAAGAGAAGAAACUGUGGCGCAAAGUCGACUUGCGAAUCCUCCCAAUAUUGACGAUCAUGUACUUGUGUUCAUUCAUGGAUAGAGGAAAUAUUGGCAAUGCCAAGCUACAAGGCCUGACAACACAACUGAAUCUGACUGGUCAUAAGUACAAUAUUGCUUUGACGAUGUAUUUCAUACCGUAUUGCAUUUUCGGUGUGCCAGCGAAUCUUGUGUUGAAGAAAUUCCGCCCUUCGCGGUGGCUUACAGGGAUCACCAUCGUAUGGGGGAUAAUCAUGCAAGACGCUGAUGGGAAUAGUGAAAUCGCGAGUAUCCUAAUUGUAUUCCUGUUCAGGUUGAGCGCUUCUCAAUACCCUCUCCUGUACAAUAGGUAUCCACAGCUAGUGGGCGUCCGCAUCCUUCUUGGCAUUUCCGAAGCAGGACUGUUCCCCGGGUAUGACACUCUGGUAUCCGCGAUAUAUGCUUCAAUACCGGAUUGCAAUCUUCGAGGGGGUGCCACACUAGCAGGCGCGUUCUCCGGGUUGUUUGCCUACGGCAUCUCUUUCAUGUCCGGGACUGCAGGCUUGCUCGGAUGGUCGUGGAUCUUCAUUCUGGAGGGGAUCUUGACUGUCAUCGUCGGCCUUGCAGCUUGCUUCAUCCUGGUCGACUUCCCUGACACCGCGAAGUUUCUGACCGAAGACGAGCGGGCAUUUCUGAUGUGGAGAAAGAAGUAUGACAACUCGUCAGUUGGAGAGGAAGAACGGUUUGAGAUACGGCAUCUGAAAGCGGCCGUACUAGAUUGGCAGAUCUGGAUGCAAAUCGUGGUAUACUUCGGGAUUGUCGUUCCUUUGUAUGGCAUAUCCCUAUUUCUUCCAUCCAUCAUCAACAGCUUCGGGUACAACACCGCCAUCAGCGAGCUACUCACUGUCCCGCCCUACGUCUGUGGAGUGAUCACACUCAUCGUAUUCGCGGUAUCAUCCGACAUGCUGCAGAUGCGCUCGCCGUUCAUCCUCGCUGGGCUCAUGAUGUGUCUCAUCGGCUACGCGAUCAAUAUCUCUGAUGCUCCGGUCGGCGUGAAAUAUUUCGGGACGUUCUUCUGCGUCUCUGGGGCGUACUCCGCGCUUCCGGGCAUCGUCGCAUGGCUCGGUAACAAUCUUGCAGGGCAGUACAAGCGUGCAGCCGGUAUGGGUAUCCAGAUCGGCAUUGGCAACUUUGCAGGAGCGAUAGCCAGCAACAUAUACCUCUCGCAGGAUGCGCCGAGGUAUAUUCUUGGACACGCAAUCGAAUUGAUGUUCGUGGGCAUCGGCCUGGUGUUCCUGCCAUUGACCGUUCUGGCGUACAAGUGGGUUAACAAGCGGAGAGACAUCGAGCAGCGCCAGUUGGAGGAAAGGGGAGUAAAAUACAGUGACGAGGAGCUGAGAAGGAUGGGAGACCGUGCCCCCGACUUCAGGUAUACUCUGUAG